AUUUGUGAAACCUAUCCUAGAGAACUUUAUGUUCCCAGAACUGCAAGCAAGCCCAUAAUUGUUGGUAGCUCCAAGUUCAGAAGCAAAGGAAGAUUCCCAGUGUUGUCCUAUUAUCAUAAAAAUAAAGAGGCUGCAAUUUGCAGAUGCAGUCAACCUCUAUCAGGUUUCAGUGCCAGGUGCCUGGAAGAUGAACACAUGUUGCAAGCCAUCAGUAAAGCAAAUCCUUCAAAUCGCUACAUGUAUGUCAUGGACACCAGGCCAAAGCUUAAUGCAAUGGCAAACAGAGCUGCUGGGAAGGGCUAUGAGAAUGAAGACAACUACUCUAACAUUAGAUUCCAGUUUGUUGGCAUUGAAAACAUUCAUGUAAUGAGAUCGAGCUUACAAAAACUUCUGGAAGUCAGUGGCACGAAGGGCUUGUCUGUCAAUGAGUUUUUGUCUGGUUUGGAGAAUUCUGGAUGGCUCCGUCACAUCAAAGCUGUGUUGGAUGCUGCAGUCUUCCUUGUCAAGGCAAUAGCGGUCGAGAGCGCGAGUGUAUUAGUGCAUUGCUCAGAUGGCUGGGAUAGGACUUCCCAAGUUUGUUCUCUUGGAGCUCUCUUACUAGAUUCCUAUUACAGAACAAUCAAAGGAUUCAUGGUCUUGAUAGAGAAAGAUUGGAUCUCUUUUGGGCACAAGUUCUCUGACAGGUGUUGUCAGCUGGAUGGUGAUCCCAAAGAGAUCUCGCCAGUGUUCACCCAGUUUUUAGAAAGUGUGUGGAAUCUGACUGAGCAGUUUCCACAAGCCUUUGAAUACAAUGAAGCUUUCCUCCUUCAGAUCCAUGAACAUGUCCAUUCAUGCCAGUUUGGUAACUUCCUUGGAAACUGCCAAAAAGAGCGAGAAGAACUAAAAUUAAAAGAGAAGACAUAUUCCUUGUGGCCGUUCCUUCUGGAUGAAAGAAAGAAAUACCAGAAUCCUCUGUAUAAUCCAGACUUUUCUCCAGAACUAACUCUUUUGGAGCCUAAUACAGUAUCAUUCAAUUUUAGGUUUUGGAGAAAUAUGUACCAUCAAUUUGAUCGAAGUAUGCAUCCCAGGCAGUCUGUGUUCAAUCUUAUAAUGAACAUGAGUGAACAAAAUAAACAACUGGAGGAAGACAUUAAAGAACUGGAAGCUAAAAUAAAGCGGAAAAAUGGGCAGUCAGAUGCAGUCCUUGUGAAGGAGCAUCAGCAGUCUGCUCAUGCUGCACCCGUGGCACUGAAGACCCCUCCGUGCUUCAAGAAAGAGCAGCCACUGAUCCCUGUGAAUGAUGCUGUAAGAACUAUAGAGGGCAGCAACACAGCAGACAAUCGCUACAGUGAAUUUGUGUCAGAGUUCUCGAAAGCUGAGCCUGCUGUUGUCAGCUUGGAGUACGGAGUGGCCAGGAUGACCUGCUAAUUAAAAUCCAGCACUGUGCUGCUCUUCCAGACUGAUUGCAUUGAGAGGGAUUAUUUUGAGGUUGGGUCUGUGCUGCAUGACCAAAACAUGAUUUGUAUAUUGGCAAGUUUUGUUAACGUAAGACUAGAACAGCAUGUUAGUUGUCAAGUGUUUGCUGUUCCUUUAAGAAAAAAAGAUGUAGUUGUGUUUUAAAAGAAA